AUGCCGCCUAAGGCGCAACCACCCCCUCGCGGUAUCUGGGCUAACGAGGACAUUCGCCGUGUGUUUGACUACUUCUGUCGUCCUCGCGGCAAUAGUCCGUACGAUGCUGUCUUCGGUCCGGGUCCUUACGACUACUCGCCUGUGAUCGCGCGUACGACUAUCACUGCUCGACAGAUUCUUACUGGCCGUCCGUCCUACCUCAAGGCCUUUGUUGUGCAUAGCCGCGGCGCUCUUAACGCGACUUUUUAUACAAACAAUUGCGCUGCUGUCUUGCGAGGCGAGAAGGAGUUUACCGCAUUUGCUGGCUGCGUGUCCAUCGCUGGUGAGUGGGGCGGGGCCUGCUCUAACUGCGUCUGGCAAGAUUAUGGAGCUCGUUGCAGUGUUACUCAGCAGACAGUCUCUCGUACAGGAGGUGGGCGCAAGAGGCUCUCUGGCGGUUCUAGCAGUGGCAGCCAGCGUGGUUGUCCGGCUGCGGGUGGUGCCGAGAACCUCUUGCUCGUGGAGUAG